CUGGGGUGAUCUCUUUUUCUUUUUUUCUGGGAAAAAGGAAACUGCCGAGAAGAUGCGCGCUGUGUCAGAAAAUGUGUGCAAUUGAAAGGAUCAGCCACCAGAAAAGAAGCACCCCGUCGGUUCUUGAGAAAUCGCGGCUCUGUGCUGAAAUAAGAACAUUUAUUUCCUAGUUAACAGCUAACAUGGAGACCAUUGAACUGUGCAUGCUGCUGCUGAGCACUUUGGCUGCAUCGGUGCAAACUUACCAGCUCCGAGAGGCCACCGUGUAUUGGGACGCUGCCCAGAAAAGUGUACUCCUCAAGGAGGGGGUGAUGGAGAGCGAGGGGGGGGCCUACGGGUUCUUCAAUGACACCCUGCUGCUCUCGGGAUGGGGCGUCCUGGAGAUCUCUGCAGGUCAUGGAGCAGGAAGUACGCAGGAAGACGAGACCACUUUCUUCCUGGCGGGGUACCUGGAGGGUUAUCUCACUGCUGGACAGAUGUUCAGUCAUUACUCCAACAUGUACCCUCAGUUCCUGAAGGAUGAAAAGGUUCUGAAUCCUCUGAAAAGGUUUUUAAGCAAGCAGGACCAGUGGUCCAGAGAGCAGGUGAGACUGAGGAGACACAGCGACCCCCUCUGGAAACACCUGGGACUGAUCCUGGCUCAGCUGGAUGGUCUCCAGGCCGGAGCGGCACGCUGGGCCAAGAGCAAACACAGAGAGCCUCUCUCAGCGUUCGCCCUGCAGUUUCUGAAUGGCGUUGGCGACCUCCUGGAUCUGGUCCCGUCUCUGACGCCUCGCUCCAACUCCUCCUCAGCGGCCGGCGCUCUCAGGACGCCGGGCAUGGGCCACUGCACGGCUCUCAUCAAGGUUCUUCCGGGCUUUGAGAACCUGCUGUUCGGACACUCCAGCUGGUACACGUACGCAGCCACCAUGCGCAUCUACAAACACUGGGACUUCAGGGUGUCCGACACACACACCGCCACUGGGAAGAUGUCCUUCAGCAGCUACCCUG